UGUCCCUGGAGCUCAGUUUAUUUAUCCAGACGUCGACAGACAUUCAGUUGUUCAGCUGAAACGGUGGUUGGAGUGCCGAGGCCUGCCGAUGACAGGAAGGAAGACCGAACUCGUCGAAAGAUGUCAAGAGUGCAUCACAGCUCAGCAGAACACGAACAUUGCCAUUUCCAUUGAUAAUGGGAAAUGGUACCAAAUAAAGGUUCAGGAUGUUUUGGCAUCUCUUAACCAUGUUAACAGUUCAAGUCCGUGUUCGGCUGUGAGGCAACCUCCCACACCACCUAUCACUGGAUGGAAGGCCUUCCCUUCUGGCAACAUCCCACCAACCUUCUCAUAUGGCGAUAUAUACCAGUAUAUCAUUGCAUCAGCCAGACUACAGCCUCUACCACAAGUCACUCCUAUCAAUGACAGUGAUGAUGAUGAUCAGGACACCACCUUCAGCACUGCAAAGCCAAUGAAGAAGGGACGAGCUUUUUUUAAGAGUGGCCACAUACAAAAUAUUCAAACAUGUUCUAAAAAUGAGUAUUAUUAUCUUAAAUGUGAAUGUCUUCCAUCAUACAGACUAGGUAUGAUGUACCAUGUACAUGUUACUCUUGAUAAUUUUGCAGUCAUCCAGGAUGCAUCAUGUGAUUGUGUAGGUUCAGCCACUGGACGUUGUAGCCACAUUGCAGGAUUGUUGUUUGCAUUAGAGGAUUAUACUGUCAACUUUGGCUAUACAGCACCCUCAUGUACUUCUUUCUCUUGUUCCUGGAAUAAACCCCGAAACAAAACUAGAAACCCACAACCUGCCCACACUUUGCAGUACAGCAAAAAGAGAGCUCCUAACCGUGUUAUUGAUCAUGACCCAUGUCCUGUUGUAGAUCAGUCUCACAGAGCUGACAGUAGUUUUGCAACUGCUUUCAUUUCUACUGCACUUGCCUUGGAUACAAAUACUUCAUGGCAGAGUAUCCUAGAAAUUACUUAUGAUGAUUAUGAAUUGUCUAAUGACUUGAAGUUAUAUCUCAUGGAUAAAUGUGAUGUUUUCAUUGAAAAUGUGAAAGAAAGUAUUUCAGAGUAUGGAGUUGGCCCUUGUGAAGUACCUGGUACGGUGGGUCAAGCAAUUUCUGAUCAGUGGCAUAAUGCCAGGUGGUACAGAGUGACAGCAUCUAUUUGUAAAGACUGUUCUAUGGUAUCCACAGAUCGAGGUAGAUAUCGCUUGUUAUCAUCACAUGUAUGGGGUAUUGAUUGUUUUAAUACUGUUGACAUGAGGUAUGGAUCACAUAAUGAAAAAAAAGCCUUUGAAGACUAUUCAUUAAAAUAUGUAGAAACAUUUACCUGCCUUGCAAGUGGUUUCUGGAUAAAUUCGAAGUAUCCUGAACUAGGAUGUAGCCCUGAUGGCAUCUUACAGUCUCUCAGUACAGAUGUGGCUGAUGGUGUUUUAGAAAUUAAGUGCCCAUCAGUACUUGAAAACAUUAAUCCAACUGAGGCAAAAGAAAAACUUACAAAGAAGCAAUACUAUUCAUUUUGCAGCACUUUCGAAAAUGGCAGACUGAAAUUGAAAAGGAAUCAUAAAUAUUAUUUCCAAUGUCAAAUGCAAAUGGCCAUCUGUGAAAAAUCUUUUUGUGACUUUGUAAUAUGGUCGCCUGAGGGUAUGUCAGUAGAAAGAAUACCCUUCAAUAAAUUAUUUUGGGAACAGACAUACCGCCUCUUGAAAAUAUUUUACAAAAAUAUUCUAGUUCCUGAGAUAUUUGAAAUGAGAGUACCAAGAAAGCUACUUCCCUUUGAUCUGUCCAAGUAAGCAUAACAAACAUGUAACAUGAGUGAAUGUCCAUAAAAAACAAGACACAGAAGUUAAUGGUCAGUGUGUUACAUUUAUUCACUUCAACAUUACUUUGAUCAUAGAACUGAAUCACAUGAUGUAUUAUUUCGAAAUUUUACUGCAUCUGCCGUCUUGUUUAUUUGACUUAUUGACUUUUGCCAUUGACUUUUUACAUUUCUU